CCCACAAUGCAGCGCGCGGCGCACGAUAUUGUUCGAGAACCCUGUGUGUUGGUGCAGCUGUAGCAGUUAGCACGCUAGUGCAGAGACCUGGAUUGUGCUGGGGUUACUACAGUUACACCGCGACAGACAUGCCGCCAAAGAAGCCAGCUCAACCCACGGGCAAUAAGAAGACCCAGGAGAAGAAGAAGGAGAAGAUAAUAGAAGACAAGACUUUUGGACUGAAGAAUAAGAAGGGAGCCAAACAACAGAAGUUUAUCAAAGCUGUCACACAGCAGGUCAAAUUUGGGCAACAAAACGCCCGACAGGUGGCUGGAGCUGAUGCUGACAAGACCAAGAAAGGAGACAAGAAGAAGGACAUCAAUGAGCUGAAUGAGCUUUUUAAACCUGUGGUGGCUGCACAGAAAGUCAGCAAAGGUGUGGAUCCAAAGUCCGUUCUGUGUGCGUUUUUUAAACAAGGCCAGUGUACUAAAGGGGAUAAGUGUAAGUUCUCUCAUGACCUCAGUCUGGACCGGAAGUGUGAGAAACGCAGUGUGUAUGUGGACGUUCGAGAGGAUGAGCUGGAGAAAGACACGAUGGAGAACUGGGAUGAGAAGAAGUUGGAGGAAGUCGUCAACAAGAAGCAUGGCGAGGCUGAGAAGAAGAAGGCCAAGACUCAGAUCGUGUGUAAGUACUUCCUGGAGGCUAUAGAGAAUAAUAAGUACGGGUGGUUCUGGGUCUGUCCUGGUGGAGGAGACAGCUGUAUGUAUCGUCACGCUCUACCUGUCGGCUUCGUCCUGAAGAAAGACAAGAAGAAGGAGGAGAACGAGGAGGAGAAGAUCUCACUAGAGGAGCUGAUCGAGAACGAGCGAGCGGCUCUGGGGGUGAACGUGACUCGCAUCACUCUGGAGACGUUCCUGGCCUGGAAGAAGAGGAAGAGGCAGGAGAAGAUCGCUAAAGCUGAGCAGGACAUGGAGAGGAAGAAGGCAGACUUUAAAGCAGGAAAAGCUCUCGGAGUGAGCGGACGAGAAGUAUUCGAGUUCCGGCCCGAGCUGGUUGACGACGAUGACGAGGAAGCAGACGACACCAAAUACUCCAAAAUGGAUGACGAGCUCAUACAGCAGGAGGAGGAGGAGGAUGAGAAUGACCAGUGCCAGGACAUCGACAUCGCCCACUUCAUCCUAAAAGAGGUGGACAACACGGGGAUAACGGUGGCAGCGGCGGACAGGUUCUCCUCCCGACUUCAGCCAACCAGCGAGACUGACGACCACAAACUGAGUGAGGCUUCGGGCGGAGUAGAGAACGGUGAGGACCACACUCUGGAGGAGGACGGCACCAGCACUGACAGUGACGGAGGGGGAGGUGAGGAGGUGGAGGCAGAGGCGGUGCCUGUAGAUGAGAAUCUGUUUACGGGGGAGGAUCUGGAUGAACUGGAGGAGGAGCUUAACACACUCGACCUGGACGAGUAACACAAGCCUCGACAAGAAAAAUUAUUUUUUUCUUCUUUCUUUUUUUUUUCUUUUUCUUUUUUUUUUCUCUGCACCAAUCAGAUCAGCUGUAGAGGAACCUGCUCAGUGGACGUGUGAGAAUAAAGAUGAUCAGCAGCGUCGUGUGAUUCAGUGAUUUAACAUCAGCUGUGUGUCACAUCCUAAUAAAAGCCAACAUUAUUCUGAUACCUUACUAAAAGGCCAGUUCUCGGUCUGAGGGCUGGUUCCUGACACACUUUAUGUCCAGACCCUGAACAGAAUUGUGCUACUUUUGAAACAGGACCUUGAUGCCUACAUAGGCAGCCUACUACUUAGUGGGAUUCAGCAGGGGUGGAGCUUCGGGUUCAACCUGCUCAACCAUUCACAGCAGCCCACCUGAUCAUGUGACAGUGCCAUGUUACGUCUAAUGAAUACUGUUUUAAUUUACACAACACCUAAUGUGCUAACGUUAGCCAGCUAACUGAUAGCAUCUGGUGUGUAGAUGAAAACAACCUGUAAACCUGAACAUUACACACCAACGUCUGCAAGCAACUAAAAACAAAACAAAAAGAAGCACAGAGUUGUCCGGACAUUAGCUGGCUAACACGCUAGCAUAAUGAAAAUGUUAGAUAUCUGCUUAUGUAGCCAAGUUUACAACUGAACUUUUCAAUGUUAGCUGAACUGCUGUGUAUAUUUUUGCUAGCAUCCUGCACACUGUGCUAAUGUGAGCAUGCCAACUAGUUAGCUAAUGCAGCGUUCUAGCUAACGUUAACUACACCGUUAAAUUGUGUAAAAUUUAACUAAUUCUGAGGUGCAUGUUGUCACAUGAUCAAGUUGAACCUAAGCCCUUCCCCCUGUGUGGGAAUCAGCUGUUAGUUUUCUGAUAAAGGUUUCACCUGCUGAGUGUGUGAUCUGAAGGGUGUACAGGUGUGUGUGUGAGAGAGAGAGAGAGUGUGUGUGUGUGUGUUUUAUCCUGUAAAUAAAGACUAUUACAGACAGA